GAAAUUGCCCUUCGCCAUGCAAGCCGCCCAGAGCUCCCGCCGCUUCUUCAGCGCCCACGCGCGCAAGUUCUUUGUCGGCGGCAACUGGAAGUGCAACGGGUCGCUCAGCCAGACGCAGGCGCUCGUCGACACCCUCAACACGGCCACGAUCCCCAAGAACGUCGAGGUCGUCGUCGCGCCCGCCUCGAUCCACGCGCUCACGGUCAAGUCCAAGCUCCGCGCUGACAUUGGCGUCUCGGGCCAGGACACGUGGAGCCAGGGCAACGGCGCUUUCACGGGCGAGGUCUCGCCCGAGAUGCUCAAGGAUGCUGGCAUCAACUACGCCAUCAUUGGCCACUCGGAGCGCCGCCAGAAGGGCGAGUCCAACGACGAGGUCGCCAAGAAGGCCGGCUACGCGCUCAGCAAGGGCGUCUCGGUCAUCGCCUGCAUUGGCGAGACCAAGGCCGAGCGUGAGGGCCAGCAGACGAUGCAGGUCGUGACGGCGCAGCUCGCCGCGUACGCCAAGCACAUCUCGGACUGGUCGAACGUCGUCAUCGCGUACGAGCCGGUCUGGGCCAUCGGCACAGGCUUGACUGCCAGCCCCGAGCAGGCGCAGGACGUCCACGCCGGCAUCCGCGCGUGGCUCAAGGACCACGUCUCGGCCGCCGCCGCCGACGCGACGCGCGUCAUUUACGGCGGGUCGGUCACGGCCUCGAACGCGUCCGAGCUCUCGAAGAAGGCCGACAUUGACGGCUUCCUCGUCGGCGGCGCGUCGCUCAAGCCCGACUUCCUCAACAUCAUCAACUGCCAGAACGACGCGGCCAAGAGCGUCGGCGGCCCCGUCAACGUGGCCAUCAACGGCUUUGGCCGCAUUGGCCGCCUCGUGCUCCGCGCCGCGGAGAAGAACCCGCUCCUCAACGUUGUCGCGGUCAACGACCCGUUCAUCCCGACCGAGUACAUGGAGUACAUGCUCAAGCAUGACACGGUCCACGGCCUCUUUGACGGCACGGUGCGCCACGAGGGCGACCACAUCAUUGUCAACGACCGCAAGAUCCGCGUCUUUGGUGAGAAGGACCCCAAGGCCAUUCAGUGGGGCGCCGCCGAAGCCGAGUACGUGGUCGAGUCGACGGGCGCGUUCACGACGCUCGAGAAGGCGUCGGCGCACUUGGUCAACGGCCCGCGCAAGGUCGUCAUCUCGGCCCCGUCCGCCGACGCGCCGAUGUUUGUCAUGGGCGUCAACCACGAGCAGUACGACCGCAGCAUGCACGUGGUCUCGAACGCGUCGUGCACAACCAACUGCCUCGCGCCGCUCGCCAAGGUCGUCAACGACAAGUUUGGCAUCGUGGAGGGCCUCAUGACGACGGUCCACGCCGUGACGGCCACGCAGCUCACGGUCGACGGCCCGUCCAAGAAGGACUGGCGCGGCGGCCGCGCGGCGUGCUUCAACAUCAUCCCGAGCUCGACGGGCGCCGCCAAGGCUGUCGGCAAGGUCAUCCCCGAGCUCAACGGCAAGUUGACGGGCAUGUCGUUCCGCGUGCCGACGGCCAACGUCUCGGUCGUCGACUUGACGGUCCGCCUCCGCAACAAGGCCUCGUACGAGGAGAUCAAGGCGGCGAUCAAGCACGCCAGCGAGCACGAGCUCCGGGGCAUCCUUGGCUACACGGACUCGGCGGUCGUCUCGAGCGACUUUAUCUCGGACCCGCGCUCGUCGAUCUUUGACGCGGACGCCGGCAUCGCGCUCACGGACGACUUUGUCAAGCUCGUGUCGUGGUACGACAACGAGUGGGGCUACUCGAACCGCGUCCUCGACCUCAUCACGCACAUGGUCCACACCGAGCGCCAGUAAGCGCAUUGUAGUCUAGUAAUGUAAUAGCACC